GUGUCAUCCUGGGAGCAGUAUGUGGAGGUCUUCUUCGCUUGGCAUCUCCCAUCCACCCCGAUGUGGUCAUGUUAAUAGCAUUCCCAGGAGACAUUCUCAUGAGGAUGUUAAAAAUGCUCAUUCUCCCUUUAAUCAUCUCCAGCUUAAUCACAGGUCUCUCUGGCUUGGAUGCAAAAGCCAGUGGCCGAUUGGGCACACGAGCCAUGGUCUACUACAUGUCCACCACCAUCAUUGCAGCUGUCCUAGGGGUCAUUUUGGUCUUAGCCAUCCACCCAGGAAACCCUAAACUGAAGAAGCAGCUGGGGCCUGGCAAGAAGAAUGAUGAAGUGUCCAGCCUGGAUGCCUUCCUUGACCUUAUUCGAAACCUGUUCCCUGAAAACCUUGUCCAAGCAUGUUUCCAACAGAUCCAAACUGUGACCAAGAAAGUGAUAGCCAGCCCCAAGCCCAGUGAAGAAGGCAAUGCCACCAGCUCCAUCAUCUCCCUGCUGAACGACACCAAGACAGAGGCCCCAGAAGAAACCCAGCUGAUUAUUAAGAAAGGCUUAGAGUUCAAGGAUGGGAUGAAUGUCUUAGGUAUUUUGGGAAGGAUGUUGGCAUUUGGAGUUCCCCUGUACCGAUCUACACAUGGGCCCUAA